UUUAGAUAUUCAUGCCUUUAUUUGCCUACCUUUCUAUUUUAAUUGAUUUCAGGCGAUGAGGUUGAGACUUCGAGAAAAAAAGAGCGUACAAACAAACAUACACCCAGAACAAGAGAGAGAAUUUAGAGAGAGAGAGGGAGAUUGGAAGAAGAGAUAGAAAGCUCGUGAUCGUUUUUUCAUGGAGGUUCUGAGUCAAAGUCGCUGAAUCAAUUUACUAAUCAUUGCUUCGAUCGCUAUCUAUUUCGGUCACCGGAGAGAUUUUUCCGGCGGCGAUUUUCUUGAAAGUUAGGGUUUUGAGUUUUUGCGAUUAGAGAGAAAGAAACAUGACGAUGGACAGCAACGGAUAUGGAGGAAUUGAAGAAGAGUACAUUAGAAGACAUCAUCAACAUGAAAUUUCUGAGAAUCAAUGUAGUUCGCUUUUAAUCAAGCACAUUAAAGCUCCUGUUCAUUUGGUUUGGUCUCUAGUGAGGAGAUUUGAUCAACCACAAAAGUACAAGCCCUUUGUUAGUAGAUGUGUGGUGCAGGGAAAUCUUGAGAUUGGAAGUGUGAGAGAAGUUGAUGUUAAAUCUGGUCUUCCGGCUACUACUAGCACUGAGAGGUUGGAGCUUUUGGAUGACAAUGAGCAUAUUCUGAGUAUCAAGAUUGUGGGUGGAGAUCAUAGGCUGAGGAACUACUCUUCGGUUGUGUCCCUCCAUCCAGAGAUCAUUGAGGGAAGGCCUGGGACGAUGGUGAUUGAGUCAUUUGUAGUUGAUGUACCUGAAGGGAACACCAAGGAUGAAACCUGCUUCUUUGUUGAAGCUCUGAUAAAGUGUAAUCUCAAGUCACUAGCUGAUGUUUCAGAGCGUUUGGCUGUACAAGACCGAACUGAGCCGAUUGAUAGGAUGUGAUUAGGAACCUGGCAUGAUAGGAGGACAAGUUUCUUUUCUGCCCAUGGAUGAAGCUUUCAAGGUUUCCAGAUUGCAGAGGCUAUCUUGGGGUUGACUGGUACUUCUAUCUUCUAGAUUCGACUGCUCUCUCAAUAGUCUUUACCUAUUUUCUGAGUGGUAUUGCAUUCUGAGACUGGUGAAAAUUACUGUAUUCAGGCAGUAGUAGAACCACAACCAUAUAAAAAGUGUGCUUAAAAAGUCCUCGGAAGAGCGAAAGAUACGGAAACUGUGUCGUUCUCGAGUUUUUUAUAGUCAUGAUGUUUGUCCAUGCAUUCUAGUUGUAUAUAAAACCAUGUGAUUGUGGAGACGUUUGUAGAUCUCGUCAGACUCAUAUUAUAGCUUCUGUUGAGAAAUUAUAGAGGUUGUCUGAUAGGUAGUCAUGAAUCACAUUAGAGUAUAGGGAGGAAUGAAGGAUUGUAAGUAGUUUUUCUUGGUGUCGUAAAUUCAUCGUCACUUGUGAAUUACUGUCAUGAUUCUCGUAACUUAAUAGUCAUUUUUUCUGCUGUUUAGUUUAGAAUAAUUCUCUGUCAUGUACCUUUCCUUGUGCAUUUAUGGUUGAAGGGUUAGUUCUUAUUCUUCUUUCUUAUCUAGUCAAUCCCUCUUUGUCCCCCUAUCCAGAAAGUAAUGUACAUGUAAAUAUCUAUCAAGUUAUCAAAUGAGGCUAGAGUGACUCAUUUAAGUUUUAUCAAAAUAUACAGCUCUCUUCUUUUUGGGUAGGAAGAAAUGACUGAAAUUGCAUUACUCUUGAUAGCCAUCACCCUUGUGUUAAAAAUAGAUUAUUUUUGAAUGACUCUUGAUAGCAUAUGUUUUAUAACUUUAUGUAAUCCAUCAAUUUUUGAUGUAUGGCCAUGGCCAUGUCGAUGAAGACAAAAAAGACCCAAUUUAUUGUUAUGAUAAAGAAGAUUCUCGAUGACCCCGUGCUUUGAGGUGGAUAAGGCGUUGGCAUAUUGUUUUAGGGCUACAUGGGCCUAUGGGUCUUUCUAAUGGUCUUAUCUAUGGAGGGAAAUCUACUUUUCCAACUUGUGAAUGAGAACAUUUUCGUUUUCUUUUUCCAAAUUUGUGAUCGAAAAAGAAGUAGAUCUUUGUUUUUUCAUCUAUUUUAUAAUACUUGACACAUUACUAUAUAUUCCUCUUGCAACAAUCAAGGAAUGUGAAUAUGCCAUGAAGUGAUUUAUAAAUUGUCUUAUUUAUUUUUAUUUUAUUUUGUAUUUUAUAUCUUUUAACUCUUGGACUUUUUGUCACUUUUGAAGGACAAUUAAUGAUUUUAAAGCAUUUUCUUGUUAGUUAUACUGGUGCCAAGUUAAAAUGGUUUUAAGUAUUAUAGAAUUGAGCUAAUUCUUAUGGAGAUGCUCCUACCACUUGCUUCUAUUCUUAUUUACAUAUUUUAACUCUUUUAAAUUUUAAUACUUCAUUAUUUAUACAUUUUAACUUCUCUUUCAAUAUCAUAUACACAAUCAAAUGUUACAGUUUUUGACUUAGCAAAUUCCAUGUGGUAAGCCUGAGGUUUUGGGUUUUUCACGUGGUGACUAAAACUUUUAAAAAAUGCGUGCGUGGUAAUUUUGAGUUUUAUCAAAUUGUUUCAUUGUGACCUUUUUGCGCAUAAAACAUUAGCAA